ACAGAUUCUUUUGACAUUGCUGUGAAGGGGGAGUGACGAAAUAAACAGUUACACAACGUGUUAGAAAUGAACUAUUGCUGAUUCUCGCUUUACAGUCUGUAUUAUUGUGACUUUUAGCGGAAUCAUGUAUCGGCGACCGCUGCAGUCCGCCGUCAGACAUGUAUUAAACGUGUCAGCAUCGAGAGCUGUACUCGGAAAGGCUGUUGAACAAGGUGCUUGUCAUAUCAGUGCUUCAGUGGCUUGCCGGAUGUCAGCAAAUGUCCCCAAUCACUCACAAUGUCGAGCUCUUCACAGCACAAGAGAGCUCUGUAUGAUUAAAGAGACUCCACAGGCUACAGAAGAAGAGGUGGGGGCCUUCACCAAACUGAUCGAGGCCAUGGGCUUCACCGGGCCCCUCAAAUACAACAAAUGGAAAAUUAAGAUAGCCGCAUUACGCAUGUACACAUGCUGUGUAGAAAGAAUCAACUAUGACGAAUUCUUUGAAAAAUGCUCUCUCCCUGACACGCUCAACUCGUGGUUCUUGGUGGCACAGCUCCACGUCUGGAUGUGUCUGGUCCGGAUGCGACAGGAAGGCAGAGCUGGGAAGUACAUGUCCCGUUACAUCGUCCACUCCAUGUGGGAGGACGUGGAGCAGAGGAGCAAGAUUAUGGGGAUUGAUGCCAUUCACAGAAAAGAGAGUAUGAAGGUGAUGACAGAAACGUUCUACGCUGCUAUUUUUGGAUAUGAUGAGGGAAUUCUAUCGGAUGAUUGCGUUCUUGCUGCAGCUCUCUGGAGGAAUCUGUUCAACAGACAGUGUGAAGAUCCCAGACAACUUGAGCUCAUGGUCGAAUACGUCCGCAAACAGAUGCAGUUCAUUGAUGCUCUAGAUGGAGAAGAUCUUCUUUUAACAGGAGAAGUCAAAUGGCGCCCCCUGGUGGAGGACAAUGCACAGAGCAUCCUGAAAGUUGCCAUGCCAACCUACAAUGAUACAGGCCUCUAAGAGCCUGAACUCUGACACAGCAUUACCUAGAGCUGCCAAUCAGGAAGCGGCACUCACCUGAGCCACCCCCCCACCCCACCCCCCCCCUCUCUCUCUCUCUCUCUCUCUCUCUCUCUCUCUCUCUCUCUCUGUCUCACAUUCUCUGUCUCACAUUCUCUGUCUCACAUUCUCUGUCUCACAUUCUCUGACUUCCCACAAACACACACACAUUUGUUCUCAUGCGUGUUGAGCGUAUUAAGGACUCCUCAAAAUGGUUUUGCACUCCUUUUCUAUAUCUAUAGAAUAUUCUUGUAUGUAUAUGUAUAAAUGUCUUUCUUAUGCAAUGUCAAUAUUUAUAGGAGAAAUACCUUGGCUCUUUCACUGUAUCUUUCAAUGUUUUCAGUGCGGGCAGUUGUUGUUUUUUCUUUAUUUUUUUUUCUCUCUAAGUUAUACUCUCAAUGUGCUGGAGUGAAUUCAGUUUGUGUGAAUGUAAGCGUUUUUGUCAGACUCGUCAACCCAUACAGUAAAAGCACUUCUUGAGGAAUGACCAGAGAAGUUGUCUUGUGUAUUUGUUUCAUUAUAUCCGUUCAAUCUGACUGAGCACUUAAGGAAUUUUUCUUUGUCCAAAAACCUUUGUCGAAAUCAACUUAUUAAUGAGGAAGUAAUAACCAAAAACUGGGC